AUGAACUAUUACAUCAGAGGUAGGGAGGAGGGCGGCGGCGUGUUAGUGGCCGUGCGCCGCGAGCUGCGGCCCGUGCGCCGCGCGCUGCCGGGGCCCGUGCCUCCUAUUGUCGAUUGCGUCUCUGUUGAGGUACCGAGCGCGUCCCGAGAAUUCCUUCCACAACUAAGAAACUUAAUGUUAGAAUAUGGUAACGCGUAUCGAAUUUUUCUUCUACACGAGCCAUACGUAGUGUUGUCACAUCCAAAAUAUGCGGAGCCGCUACUAUCUCAUUCGGAGUUGAUAGUCAAAGGAAAGUCUUAUUCGUACCUCCUCUCCUGGUUAGGGAAUGGACUUCUGACAUCGACAGGACAAAGAUGGAGAAAUACAAGAAAAUUUUUGACGCCGGCCUUCCAUUUUAACAUUCUCCAGAACUUUCUGCCGGUGUUCUUAAAGAAUGAGAAGAUAUUGAUAGAAAAGUUGAGAGAUUACGCUGAUGGGCGAGCCUUCAAUGUGUUACCGAUUAUGGCAUUGACAGCUCUUGACAAUGUUACCGAGUCAAUCAUGGGAGUAGCAGUCAACGCACAAACAAACAGUGAAUCAAAAUACGUUAAAUCUAUUGAAACUUUAGCUAAGAUUACAUCUUCGAGAAUGCGAAAUCCUCUCUUGGGUGAAGACAUAAUUUUUAAUAUGCUGUCAGCUAAAAAACAACAAGACGAAGCCGUGAAGUACGUGCACUAUGAAACAAACAAAGUUAUAAAAACACGCAGACAAGAAUUGGAAUUAUCUAAAAUUACUAAAUUAGAAAAAAAUAAUGAUAUGGGAAUUAAAAAUAAACACGCUUUUUUGGAUCUCUUAUUAUUGGCUGAAGUGGACGGAAGACCGAUAAACGACGAGCACGUACGGGAAGAGGUUGACACGUUCAUGUUUGAGGGUCACGACACAACUGCAUCGGGUCUCGCAUUUUCUCUAUACUGUAUGUCCAAAUAUCCAAGCGUCCAAGAGAAAAUUCUAGAAGAACAGAAAGCUAUACUGGGUGAUGAUUUGACUCGGGAUCCUACUUAUUCUGAAGUCCAACAAAUGAAGUAUUUAGACUCUGUGAUAAGAGAGAGCCUACGUAUUUACCCCUCCGUGCCUCUUAUUGAGAGAAAGAUUACAGAAGACUCACAGGUUGGUGAACUUAGGAUACCAAGGAACACAUCCGUGAUAAUAAACAUUCUUGAACUUCAAAGACAUCCCGAUCUAUAUGAAGAUCCGAUGGAAUUUCGUCCAGAAAGAUUUGAGACUGUUAACGCUAAGAACGCAUUCAGUUGGAUAACGUUUAGUGCUGGACCAAGGAAUUGUAUAGGUCAAAAGUUCGCCAUGUUGGAAUUGAAAGCGACAUUGGCGAGCAUCGUUAAGAAUUACCGAAUACUGCCAGCGAAUUCAUCCGAGCCCAUACUCUGCGCGGAACUGGUAUUACGUUCGGAAAACGGCGUACAAAUAAAAUUAAUGCCGAGGAAAUCUGAAUUAUAA